AUGGGGCGUUUAGGAGAGAUGUCCAAUUGCUGUUGUUUGCCAUUAGGAGGAGGAUGUAUAUUAUCAGCAGUGAUUAUUUUCUUCCGUUUUCUUGGAUUUUUCAUGGAGAAAAAUUCGACUAUUAAGAUAAUUAAUAUCAUAUUAUAUGCUGUAUUGUGCAGUUUUAUUAUGCUUGGAAUAAUAUUUAAGAAUUUUAUUAUAUUUUACAUUGUUACUGCACUUAUAAUUAUGUAUAUAAUUGAUAUUAUUAUAAUAUUUUUUGUUAUUUUGGUGUCUUAUUUAUCAAUUGGCAAUAACUUAAAUUUUACACCUAUAGCGAUCGUGUUAUUUACGUUAUUUACAAGCAUGCUUAUUAUGUUAUUAUUUUUGAAUAUAUUUUUAUCAAUGGCUAAUGUUUUGAAAGAAGGAGGUACAGGAUGGGAAAACAAAAACUAUAAGCAAAUACGAGCGGAGAAAGAUGCAAUUAUUAGUAAGGACGAACAGAAGAUACUUGAUAAUCAAACAGCACAGAAUAACUACAUGAUAUAA